CCAUUCCUUGGUUAUGUUUAGUUCAGUGUGUCCAACCGUACGCAUGUAAGAUCCAUUGCGGCAAUGACAGCUUAACGUAACUUUCAACGUACGAGCGGAGCGUUUGUUUUGAUCUGACUAUACUGUGGUGCAUACUGAAAAAGGACAUUUUGUGAGGUUAAGUCUGUGAUGUGUUGGUGUUUUUUCGUGGGACAUGGCAGUGGUUAACUUGGCCAUGUCCCCUUUGAGAAGGAGGAACUGCUUCUUGGUGUUGGCAUUUGUUGUUUUCGUCCCUUUUUGUGUCUUCGUGCUAUUUUCCGUACCAGACGUGAACACCGAACAGAUGCUGACACAACGCUUGGCCGAGCUCCAAGUAAAGCUGCAAUACCUGGACACGAUGUACAGAGCCAGGCAGGAAGACCUCCAGCAGCUCACCCAACACAUCGACCAAUCGGCUUACGCGGGCGACAACAUAUCCAUCUUCACUCUAUCGCCUGCACCAGAAUCCAGGCCUGAAAUAAGACAAAUGCUCAAGAACAUGUCGGGCAUGAACGCAGCUACAGGUCUCAAUCCCCCGAUCAAGCUGAGGCUGCCAUCGUCCUACCAUUUCUUGCCGCAUCUCCUGGACGAUCCCUCCAGUUUGAGGCUGGCCUACCUGCUGUCCAAGGGACGAAGCGGCGUAUCGGUUGUGCUAGGCGUGCCAACUGUUCGUCGCGAGAAGCAGUGCUAUCUGAUGGAUACCUUACAGAAUCUAGUCGAGGGGAUGUCGCCCAAAGAGUCGAACGACACUCUUAUUGUUAUUCUUGUUGCAGAGACUGAUAUAGCAUACGUACUUCAAGUUGCUAAAGACAUCGAAAUGCGGUUUCCAUCACAUGUGGAAUCUGGCCUUAUAGAAGUAAUCUCACCAUCACCAGCCUACUAUCCAAAUUUAGAUAGGUUGAAAAUCACAUUAGGUGAUUCUCCCGAGAGAGUUAGAUGGAGAUCCAAACAAAACCUGGAUUUCGCUUUCUUGAUGUCCUAUUGUCAACCAAAAGGGACAUUCUAUGUUCAACUGGAGGACGACAUUCUAGCAAAGCCAUCUUAUGUAACGGAGAUGAAGGAGUUUGCUUUGACGAAAAUUGCGAGAAAAGAACCAUGGUUCGUACUCGACUUCUGCAGACUAGGAUUUAUUGGUAAAAUGUUCAAGAGCGCAGAGCUGCCCUGGCUGAUCCAAUUCUUCCAGAUGUUCUACAACGAUAAACCGGUUGACUGGCUGCUGUAUAGUCUGAUUUAUACCAAGUUGUGCAAUAUUGAUAAGAGCCACGAUUACUGCAAAAGGGAUAAGACGAAAUUGUGGAUCCACUAUAAACCGUCGCUUUUCCAGCAUAUUGGAACGCAUUCGUCUUUGAAGGGGAAAGUGCAGAAAUUGAAGGAUCGACAGUUUGGUAAGGUGGCUCUGUUUUUUCCCCAUAAAAAUCCAGAAGCUGAAGUCACAACUGCAAUGAAGCACUACAAGCAGUAUACUCUAGAGAACGCCUACUUGGGAGAAAACUUCUUCUGGGGACUUCUACCUUCUCCAGGGGAUCAACUGCUUUUUAAAUUCACCAAUCCAACUUCAGUCAAAAGAUUCUUCUUCAGGAGCGGUAAUGCUGAACAUCCGGCAGACAAAUUCUACAACACGACCGUCGAAGUUUUGCCGUUGGAGAGCAAUCAAUAUGGCGCCAACCUGAACGUGACCAGCGACGGUUUCGUCAUAGUGGGAAAGUUCGAUGACGUCGGAAUAGCUCAAGGAACCGUCGACGAGUCCCUGGGACCCCUCCAAGCGAUGCGACUCUAUGUUCACAGCGAAACGGAGAACUGGGCCAUCCUUAGCGAAAUAAAUAUUCAAGAUGAAUUUGCAAGCAGGUGACCACCGUCCUACUCACAUGAAUCGGUAUAUCCUCUUCAACACAAGUAUCGCUACUUGGUGAAUCCAGUAUUCACACCAACACGAUCUCUGUGAUAUAUCUUUGUAAAAGUAUUCCAAGGAACAGUAGUUAAACACAUCACAUUAUUCAAAGGAAAUUCUGUACUUGGAAAUUGCUCCUUUUUGUGGAUAGUUUCAUACACGACCAGGCGUAACUGAACGAUUUUUGUCGUUGACAUUGUGAUAAGUGAAAUAUCUUUGGAUGGAACAUGUAAAUAAUAACCGCGGUUGAGGACAUUUAUUUAAGUUCGUUGUUGGGAUUCAAAAUAUUGAGGUUCUAAUUCAACUUUAGAAUAUCUAGUCGUAUUUUUAUGAGUUAAUUUCGAUUAACUUGAGUUAUUUUCAUAUCUCUCUAACAAAAUCAUUGUUUUAUUUUAAAAUUUAUUUUUUGUUAUAAUUUUAUUUUAAGUAGAUAUAAAAUUGAGAUGGAGAUGUUUAUACUCUUUGAAUCAUAAUAUUAUGUAAUGUAUUUCAUUGUUUCAAUAUUAUUUGAACUAAAUUUUUUAUUGUUACCAAAGUGAUCCUCAUGAUAUACCUACCUACUAUGGAAAGAAUGUUAAAUUUUAAGAUUCAAUCUUGAAAUUAUAAUUCAGUCUUUAUAAACGACAACUCCACCGACAAUGCAUGGAUUAAGCUCCCGCCAAUAAAUUUUAUAUUCGAAUCGGAGCAGAAAAGAAUUACCUACAUUAAGUUGCUGUUAGGUAUAUUUUUGAGAAUAAUAUAAAAGAAACAGUGGCAUUAAUUCAGAAAUAUAAAAUACUUCAUAAUGAGUGGAAUUGAAAAUAUCUUUUGAAUGUAAUGAAGGGCCUUUAAUAGUUCCAUAAACCCGCAAAAAUUCUGGAUAAUAUUCCUUACAGGAUUGAAUCGAAUUUAUUUUUGUCACGAAUCGUUUCUUUCUAUCGUGUUUCAAGAAAAAUAUUUUUAUACUCAUUUUGAAUAUCCAUUCUAUUUGAUAUUCAUUAUUUUUCUGUUACAAAUACAUAAGUUGCAAUGCAUAUCUAUAUUUUGAAAUUUUGAAUGUUUUCACUCUUCUAAGUAUUCGUUACCUACUUAUUGUAUAACUGGAAUUUGAAAGAAUAACAAAAUAGAUAUCGCUUUCAACACCAAGGGGACCAUUUAAAUAAUUCAAGGUCAAAAAAAAAAAGAAAACUGUAAAAAUAAAGAAAACAAAAUUAUAUCAUUGCUUUUCACCAAACUUGCUGGUAGAUCAACAUAAAGGAUAGGUCUCUUGACUGAAUGUUUCAAAGGAAUUGUUAAUGAUAAAGUGUAUUUUAUAUAACUUGAACAGAUAAAUGCACCCAUAUAAUGUUUCAUAUUUAUAGCUGUAACGACGAUGAUUAUUUAGUGAUAACUGACUAUCGAAUGACAGAUGAUGUGACAAUAUCUGAACAAUGUGGAAUUGUUAAUAUUGAAGUGUUUUUCUCUUUACUAUAAGAAAAAUAAAAUUGAUGUGAAUAUUAAAAAGUGUAUGAAUA